GGCCGAGGAGGCAGCCGCAGCAGCCACCGUCGCAUCUGGCGCCGCCGCCGCAGCCGGCUGGUGAGGAGGCGCAGCCGGGCGCCGCUGCCGCCGCCGUCGUCACCGCUGCCACCGCCACCACCGUGCAGGAGGAGGGUGGAGGAGGCGCAGGGGAAGGACUCGCGUGCCUCUCCUGUGUCAUGGGGUGCUUCGGCAGUCAGAGCAGCAAGGCCGGCCAGGAUGACAGUAAGAACCAGAAGAGGCGUUCCGACGCUAUCACUCGCCAGCUCCAGAAGGACAAGCAGGUCUACAGGGCGACCCACAGACUCCUUCUGCUCGGUGCGGGUGAAUCCGGCAAAAGUACAAUUGUCAAACAGAUGAGAAUACUGCACGUGAAUGGAUUCAGUGAACCGGAAAAACGACAAAAAAUUGAAGAUAUUAAGAAAAACAUCAGGGACGCUAUUGUGACGAUAACCGGCGCAAUGAGCACGUUAACGCCACCCGUGACGUUAGAGGAUCCUGCAAAUCAGAGCAGAGUCGACUACAUCCUUGACGUCUCGUCUUCCCCAGAUUUCGAUUAUCCUCCAGAGUUUUACGAAAUCGUCGAAACCCUCUGGAAGGAUCGAGGCGUGCAGCAGAGCUUCGAAAGGAGUCACGAGUAUCAGCUAAUCGACUGCGCCAAAUAUUUCCUAGAUAAAGUAGCCAUCGUCAAGCAAACCGAUUACACGCCCACGGAACAGGACAUACUUCGGUGUCGUGUUUUAACUUCCGGUAUCUUCGAAACACGAUUUCAAGUUGACAAAGUUAACUUUCACAUGUUCGACGUGGGAGGACAGAGAGACGAGAGAAGAAAAUGGAUACAGUGCUUCAACGAUGUAACGGCGAUUAUCUUCGUAACGGCGUGCAGUAGUUACAACAUGGUGCUUCGGGAGGACCCCACGAAACUCAGACUCCGGGAGAGUCUCGACUUGUUUAAAAGCAUUUGGAACAAUCGAUGGCUCCGCACAAUAUCAGUAAUAUUGUUCCUCAACAAGCAAGAUUUGCUUGCGGAAAAGGUGAAGGCAGGCAAGCACAAAUUAGAAGACUACUUUCCCGAAUUCUCCAGGUACCAAACGCCAGCCGAGCCCGGGGUGGUGGCAGAUCCUUCCGAAGCACCCGAUGUCAUUCGGGCAAAGUACUUCAUUAGAGAUGAAUUUCUUCGUAUAAGCACGGCGAGCGGGGAUGGCAAACACUAUUGCUACCCGCACUUUACGUGCGCCGUCGACACGGAAAAUAUCAAGCGAGUGUUCAAUGAUUGUCGGGACAUAAUUCAGCGAAUGCAUUUGCGCCAGUACGAGCUCUUAUGACUUGGUUUAUGCUUGGCUCGCAGCUCGACUUUCGCCAAUGCUAGCACAGCUCGCGGUGAAUCGCGCCAUGCCGAAGCCGCCGCCGCCGAUGCUGUAGCUGCGGCUCGAGGCUCCUCACCUCCGGUCUUCAGGGAGUUUGGAUCAACUAGAGUGCUCCGUCGAAUGGGAUAGUGAUUCCUAUAUAGGAGUACAUGAAAAAUAAAUAUAGUAGCGGCAGCGGCAACAGCAACAGCAGCAGUUGAAUGCAGUUGAAUGAUAAGGAGAUGAAAAGGGAGGAACGCAAUUUUUUGAAGCAAACGUACUUUAACCCUAUGUAUUAGCCAUGCUCACGUACACCUAAUAAACCAACUCACAUGAGCGAUGCGCUAACGCAGAGACACUUUGAAUUCAGCAAGAGUAAACACAAAACAAGCCACACUCUCGUAGCUUCUCCAUCAGGUUGACAAAUUUUGGCAAAGAGUAGAAGAUAAAUUGAAUUUCGUGUGAGACAGCCAGAUGGAACAAGUUUAUAAAGAGUAAUUUGCAGCCACAAGGGCAAGAUCAUACCAAUAUAUUUUUUUUUUUUAUUAUUAUUAUUAUCAUUAAGAAUCGUUAUUCGUCGAGAAAAAAAACUUUUGCAUUAUGUCAUGAUUCAGAGAAAUGCUGUCUGAGCACUUGAGAGUAAUACUAGAGAUUCGUGAAUAAAAAAAAUUAUAUGAAGUGUCGUACACCGGUCCCAAUUAAUCAAAAACUUUUCCUCCUUUUGAUCCUAAUACUCCUCUUUGGUUACCAAAAGCCUGGCUUGUCAUCACUGUCUGGCUUUAAAUAUUUUUUUUUUAUUGAUAACGCAUGGAACUUUUGUACAAUGAGUACGUACGUGCUCGCAUACGUACUUGUGUGCUUCUUCAUUCCCUGAGAUUGAGACAUUAUUAAUACCUUAUUCCAUCACCUUACCUUCCCUCAUUAUAUCUAUUACUUGAAUUUUUUAAAUCUAUUGGUUUGAACUACUAUUGUUACGUUAAUAUUACUAUUGUUUUUGUUUAUUAGUUUCGUUUCUUUAUUUAAUUUUGUUAGACAUGCAAAUGAAAACAAUUUUCUAUCAUUAUGCCUACCAACCAGUCAGCCAGCCUCUGAGUUGAACUAAAACCAUAAAAUUGCUUCUCCUUUGCACUUGUUUUCCUCUCGACAGCUUUUAACCCCAUCCCUUUUUUAAUAACAGAGCAGCGCCACGCGUACAAUUUUUGUACAGUUGUGUAAUCAUUUGUCCGCGUACAUGUAUUUGAAUCUCUUGAGUUUAAAUUUAUUAUUACAAACACUUUGACCCUGUUUGUAAAAAUUUCAGCUACGUCUUUUUAUGAGAAGAGUAUUUUGUGAGAUUUUACAGUAUUUUGAAGAGCGUUUUAAUUGUAUAACAAGUACAUAUAUGUAUCUAGCGCGUGCGCCCGUCUUGAUUCUGUUGCAUUACAAGCAUUUUUGUCGAAUCCAUCCAGUGCUAUAUAUUUUAUAAAUUUAAUUUCGUUGAACAAUUUGAAUCGAUAAGAAACGGUAUCGAUAAUCAGAACUUAUCAAUAGUUGUAUUGUUAAUAUUAUUAAUACUAUUAUUAUUACAAAAGUAGUAAACUUUAUUAACCAACUACAUUAACCAAAAGAGUCAAUACGAGAUAAUUUUAAUGAUUCAUAUGUAAAAUUAUAUAGCGACUGUGACAAUCGAUUGUAUUAUGUGUAUGAGAUAUAA